AUGUCCUCAGUUCUUGCUUCUAAUAUUCCAUCCAAAACUACUCCUGCACAAGUUAAAGAAUUUUUCCAAUCCCAAGCAGGCGAAGUUUCAGAUUUGAUUCCAUUAGCCGAUAAUGGGAAGGUUCAAAAAUUUGAAGUCUUGUUCAAAGAUCCGAAAUCAGUCUCUGCUGCUUUGGACUUGAGUGAUGCCUACAUUGAUGGAGUGGCUAUUAGAGUUGAUGAGGUUCCAGAAUUGACUGAUGGUCAAGUGGGCAAAGCUCCACAAUAA